AUGCCUGCCCCUCUUGCACGCUCAGUGAGAGAUCUUAUCACUGACCCACAUCCGGAAGCGACUUAUGCUGAGGUUCUCCGACGGAACACCCAAUCUGCCAACAGCAAAUUCCAGACGCUGAUGAAGGAUGAGCACCUGGGAGACAGGACCCCAUCUGAGUUUCUUCGUCGUUUACGUGAACUCAGUGACACAUCGCCUGAGGACAAUUCUCUGCUCCGAAAACUACUUUUCUCUCGGCUGCUGCCGAAUGUCCAAUCCACACUGGCCACAGCGGUCGAUUCGAAUUCGCUCGACCAGUUAGCCGCCAGGGUGGACAAGAUUAUUGAGUUCACUGUGCAGCCUUCACCUCAUCAUACCUGUUCAGACACCGUAGUAGCUUCCUCUACUACCGCUAUGUCCACUCCCUCGUCACAUGACGACAUUUUGGAGAGAGUCAGUGCACGUCGCAUGGACACAUUGUGGCAAGAACACGCCAGCUCUCGACGUCCUCGCAGCAGAAGCCGUUCUAAGUCACGGUCGACUAGGUCUACUCGAACGGGUUCGAAUCUCUGCUGGUAUCAUGCCACUUUCAAGGAGAAAUCCCGUCGUUGCAUCCAACCAUGUUCGUUCCAGUUGUCGGGAAACUAG